GUGGUCUGCAUAUCCGUCUCGAACGGAUGUAAACGAGCUCUCUCUGAGGGAGAGGAUUUCCCAUGGCUACAGCUUCCCCGCGAACACGACGCUAUCGUCGCAUCGCUGCUCUCAGAAAGGCAUACUUGAUGCCAGUAUCCUGCAAACAACGUGCUACACAGCCAGCAAGCGUGCUGGCGCCGGGCCCCUCGGCAUGUCGCAAAUGAGACCCUCACAAAGCCCAGCUGCUGCAAAGCACCCGCACACUGAGGGGCUUAUAAGCUCCGAGCACAUACCAGUUGCCUCAGAGCCGCUCGCCAACAGUACCGCAGAGCGCUCUCGCCUCCUCUUGGCCCAAAGCCCGCACGCGAACGCGACCGAAUUGCUAAGUGAUGUCCCCAUAACCAUGUGCCACACCGGCGCAAAUGCAUAUCGCCAGGAACAGAAGGGGAAUACUCAAAGUGCCUGCGUCAAAGAAACACUAUGGUGCCCGAGCUUCACACCGAACUUAUUCUGCCACCAGGGAUGCUAUCUAGUAUUAAAUGUCCACAGCACGAAAUCUGCAACCAGCACCGACACGCAAUGGGGGACAUGCAAGGAGGGCGCACCGAACUUAAGCGCAGACCUACCGCCUAGAGCCCGCUUUAGGCCCCACACAACAAUGAUACAUGAAAUAUAUCGUUCCUUCAUUCUAAAGAAACUAAAGCAAUUAAUCGGGACAGAAGCCACCGACAGACUAGGCCUUGGAAACACCAGCGUUCUUUUCACCGGAUCGCCCUCGGACAUCGAACGCAAAUACGCCCAUGUACUGGAAGAAGGAGCCACCCCGGUGGCGAGGGCGGCCGCUAGUUCCGAGGAGAUCAGCUUGGCGGGGCAAUGGCCGCGCAAGGCCAACACCAGUGCCUCGCGCCUCACGCAGCAGCUGCACAACUGGUCCCACCUAGCCAACAUCGGGCCUUCAAUAGACAUGAAGGUGGAGACGGAGCUGGUUUGCGGCAAAUACAGCGCGGCGAUGGCCAGCCACGCCCAAUUCGAGCUCGCGCUCCAGCACCCGCAGUCACAGGCAACAGGCGGCGGCAGAGGCGCAGGACGCGGCGCACACCACAGCGCAGGCCGGGGCCCGGGCCGGGGCUCUGUGCCUGGCCCUACGCCAAUUGCCGACGCAGCAGGCGGCAUCAUGCCCAACAACAAGGCUGCGCUUCGAACUGAAGUGCACGCCUUCUUCAGCCUCUCAGGCCACGGCGCUACAAUCAGCAAGCUGCAGCUCGGCAAGACCUCCGCACUCUCGCUCAUGGGAGACAGCUCCAGCUCGCUCGAGGAAGUGAAUGUGGUGGUGCGUGUGCCGGCGCGCACGCUGGCGCUGGCACAGCUGUCAGCGUGGCAAGCGCAACGCGGGCUGUACUACCACUCGCAGAGUGACAGCCGCCGCGUCCGCCUUGAGUAUGGCGUGCCUGCGUUCAGCAGCCACUACAGUGGCAGCCUGAACACGGCAUACCGCCUGCCUGCCUACGUCCACGUGCUCCACGGCUCGGUGCCUGGCUCAGCAGCUGAGUCAGUGCGUGCGGCCGUGGACGACAUUGUACACGACUACCUGCAGUCCGGCACCGCGGCGGAUGCCAGCCUCGGCCUGGCUGCCGCUGGACGGAACGCGGCGGUGCUGGCCCUCAACGGCAUGCUCACAGCCUCAGAGCCCAGUGGCAGGAGCAGCAGCGGUACCCAGGCCAACAGCCUGGAAUUCCGCUAUGCUUCCGACCGCCAGCGCGCCCUGGCGCAGGCGGUGGGGUCCAUGAUGGUGUUCAGCCCGGAGCGGAUCAUCAGCAUCAGCUUCCCGGCCCCAGACCGCCGCGCCCGGUCGGGCCUGGAGGACCUUCGACUCGUCAUCAGCGCUGAGAAAAUCACGGAGCUGAAGGGGGUGCCGGAGCCUCAGCUGAUGCAGGGGCUGCAGACUCUGGCCCAUCGGCUGCGCACAGGGCUGCGCCGCAUGCCCAGGCUCCUGGCCAAGGCGGGCAGCAGCACCGCCAACCAGCCGCAGCCAAUUCACGUCUACAGCGCGUACGGCGACAACAUGCGCGCGGUCAGCAGUGAGCACGACCUGUUUGCCGGCAUGGUGUGGCACAGCAACACCACUGGCCAGGACUACGCGCUGCUGGGCGGCAGGCUCAGCACCGGUGCCAGCAGCGAGUUCAUCUUCCGCCGCCCUGACGAGCAGUCCUCCCUGCAGCUCCAGUUCGCAGACCGCUACAGCUUGGCCUUGGUGACCCACUCGCUCCUCAUCGACGAGGGGUUCCAGCCCAAGCCCAUGCAGCUGCUGGGACCCGGCACGCUCAGCAUCCUCACCAACAACCCACCCCUGGUGAAGCUGCCCCAGUCCUGGCGCACGUCGGCGGACUCAUAUGCUGUGGGAGGCAACCUGGCGGCGGGCAAACCCCCGCUCCAGCCAGCAGACGGCGACGAGAAGGCAGCGAACAUCGCCGCUGUCAGCGCGAUGCUGGGCGUGCAGCCGGCCAAACCCGACACCAUUGCCCCGUCACCAUCACCGGGCCGAGGCCCAACCACCCACGUUGACGCGGGCUGGUGCUCUGAUGACGACUCGGACACGGACCCAGAUGAGGACAUGGACGCACCGCCACUGCCGGCCGCUGCCGCAGAUGCAGCAGAAGUAGACGCUGCGGCCGGCGGACAGCCAAUUCAGGGCCCGCCUGCCGCGGCGGCCGCCGGCGCCGUGGUUGGCGGGCAGCCGGCUCAGGGCAUGGCCGCUGGCGCGGUCGCAGGCACCGAAGCCGCACUGGCGCACCAGCAGCACGUGACCGCCGCCAUCCUUGCAGCUGCAAGGGCAGAGCGGGAAGCUGAGCUGCAGGCGCAGCGCCAGCAGCAGGAGCAGGUGCUCGCUGCGGCUGAGGCCGCACGGGUGCAGCAGCAACGCAUGGCAGCCCUUGAGCAGCAGCGCCUCGAGCUGCAAGCCAGGUCUCGGGCGACCUACCCGGCCGCGGGGGGGCAGCUGGCACCCAUCCUGUACCCGGGCAUCAGCGACCCCACGGCACUGCGGGCUCGUGGCGAGGGCCCUGGCCUAACACGGCGGCUGGACCUGUCGCCGACCUUUGCGGCCGUGCGCAUCAACCCGACCUUCGACUCCAACAGCCCGAAGGACCCCGACACGGAGAUGGUCAACGGCCGCAUGGCCGGACGGCCGGACCCCGAGGGCACGCCUGGCAGCCGCCGCCCAGCCAGCCGCCUGCGUCUCACCGACCCGGGCGACGGAGCUGACGCCGCCGGCCGCACCGGCACCAACCACAGCGGCGCCAGCCCCAGCAGCUCCAAUGCAGCCCACAACGGAAACUAAGUGGCGUGGCCAACCGCCUAAUUACACCUGUGUGACAGCCCUUAGAGGGACUGCUAAUGUGGUGGUAGGGGACGCUGUUGCAGUUGUGAAAGAUAUACUAGAAUGCUGUGCUGCCUGCAGCAGGGAACGGCCUGCAGCGGAAGGUGUGUGUCCUGUGGCGGAUACUGGACACCGCCCUACUGUGACGCCAAACGUUUUGCAUCCGGUAUGGGAGGGACUCCUUUCCACAAGUUUGAAAGUGGCACAGGCAGGCAGAACCAGUGUGAAGGAACUAUGCAAAGAAGCCGGUAUACAUAGCUCAUAUGUACGUAAGCUGAUUGGGCUGCUCAAAGAAUGCCUGUGGACAAGUGUGCAUGUGCUGAGCGAGCUGGGAUGUAGACACGGACAAACAGUGCUACGCCUUGGUGCUACAGCACUGCACCUUGCUGCUGAGACAGCCUACGGGCCGCAACCGACCCUUAACUGUAG